AUGACCAACGCAGCAUCCUCGUCCACCUCGUUCGUGUCCUACGACGCCGAAUGUCCGUUCCCGAUCCAGAACCUGCCCUACGGCGUCUUCUCGACCACGGCCAACCCCAGCCCGCGUCCAGGUGUGGCUAUCGGUGACCUCAUCCUCGACCUUGAUGCGCUCAGCCGCAGCUCGCACUUUGCGUCGUCGCCCAUCCCGGCUGAUGUGUUCCAGCAUGCCAACCUCGACAAGCUCGCCGCCCGCGAGCCGGCCGAGUGGGCCGCGUUCAGGUCCUACCUCACCACCCUCCUCUCCUCAAACUCGCCUCUCAAGGACGCCGCCGACAAGGACACCCUCUUCGUGCCGCGUACGGCGUCGUCUACCCAGAUGCACAUGCCCGUCCGUAUCGGCGACUACACCGACUUUUACGCGUCGUUCGAGCACGCAUACAACGCCGGUGUGCUCAUCCGCGGCAAGGAGAAUGCGAUGCAACCCAACUGGCGUCACCUGCCAGUGGGAUACCACGGUCGCGCGUCCAGCGUCGUCGUGAGUGGCACGCCCAUCCGCCGUCCAGUCGGCCAGAUCCUCGACAAGGUCGGGGACACACAGCCCAUCUGGGCACCUUGCCGCCGGCUCGAUUACGAGCUGGAGAUUGGCUUCAUCUACGGCGGCGCAGCGACCAAGCUCGGCGAGCGGCUCACCCCGACCGAGGCCAGGGAGCACAUCUUUGGCCUGGUGCUCAUGAACGACUGGUCGGCACGCGACAUCCAGACGUGGGAGUAUGUGCCCCUCGGCCCCUUCCUGUCCAAGAACUUUGGCACGACCAUUUCGCCGUGGAUCGUCCAGCCGGCCGCGCUCGACCCGUUCAAGACGGCCAAAUACGUCCAGGAGCCCGCUGUCCUGCCUUACCUCCAGGACGACGAGGGCUUUGGCUUUGACGUCCCGCUCACGCUCGCCGUGCGACCCGAAAACGCAAAGGAGUACUCGCGCAUCGCCACGUCCAACAUGAAGCACAGCUACUGGACGUACGCGCAGAUGAUCGCGCACCACAGCAGCACGGGCGCGCCGAUCAACCCGUCCGACAUGAUGGGUUCUGGCACCCUCUCGGGUCCCGGCGUCGACGGCAACCCCAACGACGACGCGCUGGGAUCCUUGCUCGAGCGCUCGCGUCUCGGCCGCCAGCCAUUCGAGCUGAACGCAGACCGCAAGGACAUGACGUGGCUGCGCGAUGGCGACAGCAUCAAGAUUGAAGGCGUGGUCAAGACCAAGGACGGCUACUCGAUCGGAUUUGGAGAGUGUGAGGGCACUGUCCUGCCUGCAGUCCUUCCUGCUGCUUGA